AUGGACUCACUACGCCUGCCACAGUUGUUAAAAAUAAUCAUUUUGCCUUUUCUUUCUUUUCAGCCACCGGCUGGUCAAAACAAAUGUGAGGAGGAUCCCAAAAACAGACAUGGAAGUAAAAGCAAAGAGGUCAAAGCGAGCCCUGCACACUCCACUGCAGCUUUGAUUGAGGAGGACGCAGACCCAUGGGACCUGCCAGAGCUGAAGGACACAGGCGUUCCCUGGUCAGCUCUGGACACCAGAGGCAAGGUGUUGAGAGUGUUGGUCUCGGUGGCGAAGCUGAUCCUGCUGCUGGGUUUCCUCUACAUAUUCAUCUGCUCUCUUGACAUCCUCAGCUCAGCUUUCCAGCUUGUUGGAGGUAAAGCAGCAGGAGACAUCUUUCAGGACAACGCAGUUUUGGCCAACCCUCUGGCUGGUCUGGUCAUCGGGGUUCUGGUCACACUGCUGGUCCAGAGCUCAUCCACUUCAUCCUCCAUAGUUGUCAGCAUGGUCUCCUCUGGACUGCUAACGGUCCAGCUGGCUGUUCCCAUCAUCAUGGGCACCAACAUCGGCACCUCUGUCACCAACACACUAGUGGCCAUGACGCAGGCUGGUGAACGCAGCACCUUUCGCAGGGCUUUUGCAGGGGCCACAGUUCAUGACUUUUUCAACUGGCUCUCUGUACUGGUGCUGCUGCCUCUGGAGGUCGCCACUGGUUAUUUGUAUGAGGUCACCAAGCUCAUGAUUGACUCCUUCAAAAUUGAGAGUGGAGAGGCCCCAGACCUUUUAAAUGUGAUCACUGAUGUCCUCACCGAGUCAAUUAUACAGCUGGAUCAGUCUGUCAUUAGUGGAAUUGCCACAGGAGACCCAGAAGCCAGGAACAAGAGUCUCAUUAAGAAAUGGUGCCAAACCUUCACCAACACAACCUUAAAGAAUGUUACAGUGCCUGGUCCAGAGAACUGCACGUCUCCAUCUCUUUGCUGGGUCGAUGGCAACUACACCUUCACACUGAAGAACAUUUCUCAAACAUUCAAUGUCCAGAAAUGUAAACAUCUCUUUGUGAAUGUGAAUCUGUCUGACCUGGCAGUGGGUCUGAUCCUGCUGGCUCUUUCUCUGCUGGUGCUCUGCUCCUGCCUGAUCCUCAUUGUCAAGCUGCUCAACUCCAUGCUGAAGGGACAGGUGGCUGCCGUCAUCAAGAAGAUCCUCAACACUGAUUUCCCAUUUCCAUUUGGCUGGGUCACGGGGUACAUCGCUAUUUUAGUCGGAGCUGGAAUGACCUUCAUUGUGCAGAGCAGUUCAGUUUUCACUUCGGCAAUUACUCCACUUGUUGGUAUUGGUGUCAUCAGCAUAGAAAGAGCAUACCCAUUGUCUCUGGGUUCAAAUAUUGGCACAACUACGACAGCCAUCCUGGCGGCUAUGGCAAGUCCUGGAGACAGUCUGGCUAAUGCUCUACAGAUUGCCCUUGUGCACUUCCUGUUCAACAUCUCUGGCAUCGUUCUGUGGUAUCCAAUCCCCUUCACCCGCUUCCCUAUCCGACUGGCUAAAGGCCUGGGCAACAUCACCGCCUCCUACCGCUGGUUUGCUGCUGUCUACAUCAUCUGCUGCUUCUUCAUUUUACCGCUCUUUGUCUUUAGUCUGUCACUAGCUGGCUGGCAAGUGCUGGUGGGAGUUGGUGUACCUCUGGUUGUCAUGUUGGUCAUCAUCAUAGUGAUCAACAUACUGCAGAAAAAGAAACCCAAUUGUCUACCUGCAGUAUUACAAUCCUGGGACUUCCUCCCCCUGUGGGCCCACUCUUUGGCUCCCUGGGACAAAGUGGUCGGUCUGAUUACGGCCAAAUGCUGUUGCUGCUGCAAAUGCUGUCAGUUUACUGCUGGUGAUCCGGAACACAGAGAGGAAGAAUCUGUGGAAAACAGCAAGAAGCCACACACAGAGGCGUACGAUAACCCUGCAAUGAGUGCCGAGAAGGAAGUAGAAAAUGAGAUAAAGAUAGAGCUAGAAAUUCUCAAAAUGACUCGGCUUUGAGAUUAGAUUUAUGUGUGUGACUAUGUGCAUAAUAUAAAAAAGUGCAUUGGUCAUGCACACGGACCAAACACAUUUAGGAAAGAUUCUCAAAUUUACACUGUUUACACUUUUAAUUUAAUUAGAUUCUUUUGAGUAAAAAAUGGAUGUAUAGAGAAUUCCAG